GACACGGUUUGGAUGAUUUCUGGAAAGCCAGUCCAUAAGCUGUGUUGGACGAUGACGUCACCGAAUACGUGGUAUCCCCUCGCUGCCUCCCUCUUUCUGUCCAUUGUUCCCACAGUGGCUGAAGUGGUAAAUUCGUUGUCAGACUGUGACCAGUUUCUCCUCGAGGGAACUCAGCCACAGGUCCCGGGCAUCUUGGAAGGCGGGAGAAUCCUGAACCAGAACCGAUACAAACCCAUUUGCCAGACUUUUGACAACGAGAGACGGUUCGUGACUCUCUACGACACCGAGAACAGGAUCCCAGUGUUUUCUGCUUACAAGUACAGAGGGGGAGUAGGAAAGAGACCCGCAAACGACUGGAAGAUAGAGCCCCAGCUUGAGGACGAAGAUGACAAGAACAUGAAGCUCGGAGACAAAAACAAGACCUACAACCACCAGGCUGGGAACAUAGAUUACAGACGCAAUAGAGUGUUUGACAGGGGCCACAUAUUUCCGAGCUGUAUGGCCAGCGUUGUUCAAAAAGCAGCUUCACCUGUCAAUUCACACUUCAACAUCUGCCCCAUGCACUUUAACUACGUCAACAUCUGCCCCUCUUACUUCAACAUCUGCCAGUCACACUUCAGCUUCUGCCCCUCACACAUUAACUUCUGGCCCUUCCUAAGGCCGUUUUAUGCUUCUGCGUCAAAUUCAUGA